AUGACUGAGAGGGGGGAUGUUACGCCGGAUGAGCCUGCUGUAGGGAAUCGUAAUAUUGGUCGGUCCGUUAUACUGAUUGAAAGCGACUCAGAUGAUGAUGGACUAACCAACAAUGAGCGCCGCUCGAGAAACCUGGCUGUUAGUGGGCCUGGUGUUCUAAAUGAGGUAGAUGGUCAUGGCGCUUUGGGUGGAAACGAAGAAGACGGUGACGAUGAUCUCAGUAUUUUCCGAGAAACUGGUAGGCAGGCUGAUUCCGAUACACAUUUGGACGCUGGAACCGAGUAUAUCGACCUUGAAAGAGAGUCUGUCUCCGGUGAAAACGACAGAAAUAGCCAACUUAGGAUGAUGGCAUAUGACGAAGGACAUAGCACACCGGCUGCCGAUAGCGGGGAGGGUGGCAGGGAUGAUGGUUUGAUGAUUGUGCAGGAGCGGCGAGCUGCUCCCGCUAUACGACUUAGCGUGCCAGGCAGAGGUUUUAUGGAGAUAAGUGCAAGUCCUUACGACAGGCCAGUGAGGCGAUCUUUCGAGAGACAGGAACAUUACCGCCAACUGCGGCAUCCUGGUCGUCGGAGACUGCGAAGAGCGGCCGAGCGAACCGGUCAAUCUCGACGUCAGAUACCUGAGGACGACGCCGAGGAUGACGAUUACCGCCCAGCAUCUGUAGGAAGGCUGCCGACUCGAUUGAUCAGGCGACGCCGACAGGAGUUUUUCAGACCACAGCAGGGCCCCUAUGGCGGUGGUGAUUCAAUCUUGGCUGAGUUACGGGCCAGAAUCGAUAGCUUUUCGCCGGACAUUAGGAGCGCCUUUACUCAUGCUCAGACAGUAAGUGAGUUCAGAUGCAUACUUCAGAGCGUGGAUCCGCUUAUGUGGCAGGAGUGCAACGGCGAGUUGGAGCAACUAUACAACGCUUACAGGGCAAGGAUGAGCAUAGUAGCAGCAGAUCAGGCCAGCCGUGUUCCAAGAGGCUCUUCACAAAGCGAGAAUAGAUCAUUCCAAUAUGUUGGCCGCGUUGGGCCUCUAGGCCUACACGUUGAUAUAAGUGGAGGGCUGGGUGAGAGUUUAACUAACUAUCUGCUAGAGAAUGAGCCCGGCCGGUACGCCAUGAUGGCCUAUCCAGGAGCGGUUUUCGAUGAGAUGGACGAGGAAGCGCGGACGCAAAGCAUAGUCAACGCUAUUCAGGAAAGAGAAGAAAGAGAGCGCGACAUUCGAGUAAAGAACUUUUCGGAGAAGAGCAGGCCUCAAGAGGAGAAAUUUUUACAAAAGUGUAGGGGAUUACCUCAAGGAUACAGUGCAUCGUUUAACACCAAGAUACCACCCACGAUGGAGGUGACCGAAGACGGGAAGGAGCGAACAAUGAUGGUUGACGAUAGAAUCAGAGAUGAGUGGGAAGAGGUUGCCGUUUGCUGCCUCUGCGGUGUCGAACUCGGAGUUGGCAUACCUGACGACUUCGAAGGUAUGACGAAGGAGGAUCGCGGCGCAACAUUCCAGUCGCUGACAGCGAAGUACGAAUUCCACUGUCCCUAUCAAAGCCUUACCCGUCCGACAAAAGUCGACCGAGAUCUCUCGAGGAAGACGUUCGUUGCUCCCUGCGGACACACCUAUUGCGGCCGCUGUGUGGUGAGAAUACGCAACGCUGGGUCACGCUGCAGCAAAAAAGACUCAAAGAAGAAGUAUGCCGGCCUCAAGGGCUCAUCCCAUCCAGAUAACUACGGACCCAAGACGUGUCCCGCGACUCACUGCAAACAGCCCAUACGAUCGCCAAAAGCAAAGAUGCGCGAGGCCUUCCUGUAA